AUCUUGACAGAUGAACUACCCUUAAAUUUAAGACUUAUGGGUGUCCGACUAUCUAAUUUACGUUCACGUAACGAAGAUUGUGGAUUGAAGAGGUGGUUUUUUAAACAACAAAGUCCUUCAUCAAACCAAUCAACAAUUCGUAAAGAACCUGAAAAUCCUUCAUCGCAACAAUCAACAAUUCGUAAAGAACCUGAAAAUCCUUCAUCGCAACAAUCAACAACUCCUAAAGAAUCUGAAAACCUUUCAUCAGAACAAUCAACAACUUCUAAAGAACCUGAAAACCUUUCAUCAGAACAAUCAACUAUUCCUAAAGAAUCUGAAAAUAUUUCAUCAGAACAAUCAACUAUUCCUAAAGAAUCUGAAAAUAUUUCAUCAGAACAAUCAACAAUUUCUAAAGAACCUGAAAAUCCUUUACAAAAAUCAACAAUUCCUGGAGAAUCUGAAAAUUCAUC